UUGACUAACUCUUUUAGACAUUGACCUGUUUGGAGGAGUGUGCAAUGUAAUAUCACUCUGAUAUAUGGAAAUGAUAUACGGAUUGGGGAAUGCUCAUUAGUCCGCGGUUUACUAAUCCGCGUGUUCAUUAGUCCACCGAUAUCCAUUAUAGGGGUAGGGUUACGGUGCACGAGUCCACGGGUUCAUUAGUCCACCAAUAUCUAUGAUCAGGGUUAGGGUUGGGAUUGUGUUUUUUGAUACCCAUAUGUAUAGUAUUUCUUAUAGCGGCGGACUAGUGAAUCCCCCUCUCUGCGGAUUAACAUCCUACCGGUAAAUGGUUAAUCGACCACACCUAAUAUAAUCUUCAAGAAAUAUAUAUAUAUAUAUAUGUAUAGACAGCAAAACAUCAUUGAAUAUGUAAGCAGUAACAAUGUUACUGAUCACAACCUGUUAGAAUUUGGAUCGUAAUGUAUUCUGGCCUAUGCAAUAUCCAACACCAUAAACAGCCUUAUUAUGCUCAACUGUCGAACGGGAAGUUUUUUUUAAAGUAGUACAUAUGGACAUUUUCUUAAAUAAGAAGACAGAAUAAUUUUAUUUCGUUCCAGUAAAUAAGGACGUACAUUUCUGAUAUUUAACGACAUCCACAAUCGCGAUCAAAAUGACGCAUGUUUGGCAGAACGAACCCACCGAGGAAGGGUACGUCACCUUUGUAUCUAUAAUAACAUCCAAAUCAGCUUUGGUGGCAAAUUGCCUUUUAAUUCUCAGAACCAAGUGGUAAAUAUACUACAAGACAGCCAAACGUCCUAAGUUGAAUUUUUGAAAUAAUAUAUUGCAAAAAACAUACAAAAGAGGUAUAACAAAAUGGGUUCAGGGUAGCUUCAAUGCCCACACAAUAAAAUCAAACCAUCUUUGGUGACUCAAAGAUGUUUUAUAUGAACAGAUGAAAUAACUAUGGACAUGACUAAGUUGAUUUAACUUCGAUGUUGCAUAUUCGAUUUGUUUCAUCUCCCAACUGGACACGCAAUAAAACCGAAACUAAUUUUGGUAGCAAUACGACAAUAUUUUUUGAUUCAUAAAAUCCAGGGACGAAUACAGUACAAGACAACAUUUUAAAGAUUUUAUAUAAAAAAAAGAACAUUUUCAAGAUAACGCGUGUGCGUUGGAUCAUAAGGUCUGUUAUUGACUCAAGUGGCGUGGUUAUGAUUUCCCGCUUGCACGUAACAAGGAGUAGGGCUGCCUUCCAGCCUCGUGGGUUUUCUUCGGUCCUCCUGUUACCUCCCACUCCUUGGGAUCCCUACGUGCAAGCGUAUUAUUGAAAAAAUGUUGAACCGUUUUAGUCCCGAAAUUACCUAGUUUGUGUCGAAUGGACGUUAUACCCCAUUUCUCUAUCUAUGGGCUUCUGUAAACAUAGUUUUGUUACCAAAGAGUAUCGUGUCCAGUUAGCCUGCUGUGUCAUAUUUGAGUAUGUUUACUGUAGAAAAUUAUAGGUUUCUUUAUUUUUAUCUAAUCUAACGUAUAUGUCUUAAAUUGCCCCUUUCAAUACAAAUAGAUAACCAUAGUAAAUAACUAUAUAAAUAUAUUGGCGCUAGGAAUAUGUUUGCUAACUUCAUUUCAAAUCUGGGUGCUUGAAUAAUGCAUGAUUAUGUUACAAGUCAUUCAAAUUGGUGUAUUUAGGGAAGUACAACAUACAGUGGGAGCUUUGGAUAAUUAAUGAGAGGGAUUCAAGAUAGCAGCAGAUUCUCGCAAAAUCGUUUCCAUUGAAAACCACUGAUGUUGUAGACUGUGAAUACAAGAUAAUUACUGAACUAACACCAAAUCGUUUAUGUGGUAGGAACACUGAUGAUGUGGUUUAAAAAAAUAAGAACUAAAAAUAAUGUGGAGCGGCAAAUUCUAAAUGUGUUCUUCUGCCUUAUUCUGUUCUCGUGUGUAUUCCGUAUAUUUUACUGGAACUACUUGGAAACCAUUCCGAUGGAAGAAUUCCCCAUUUUGUCUCCGGAUUUCUUUGUGAAUACAACUGGGUGUAAAAUACCGGAUUAUAAUCCAUUCAGUACUUCCAUUAAAAGGUUCUAUAAAUUUAGAAAGAAAUAUGGCUGUUUAAUGAAAGAUGCAUACACGAGUCAAGAAGGGAUUACCCUAAGAAUAUCUGCGAAACUGAAAAGUUUCACAGAGUUUUCCCAUUGUGAAUACAGGGGAAUAGAAAGGGCGUCUAAUUCCGAACACAAAGUUAUGUUUACUGAAUCUAUAAAAUUUACGGAUGAUGUAAACGUUACGCGUGAUCAAAUCAAAGUCACCUGUUUUGAUGAAAACGGAAAUGAUAUCUAUAGAAAUUAUCACGCGUUCAUUUUACCCAAAACGGAACGCAUUAAGGACUUGAAUAAGCAAUUAGUCCAACACAAGGCGCAAAACAGACCAAGUGAGUUGUUGAAUGUCUGGAUGAUUGGUAUAGAAUCUUUGUCCAGACUCAACCAUAUACGAAAUAUGCCCAAAACGAGAGAUCUUUUACUAAAUAAACUCGGAGCAUUUGACCUUAGAGGUUACACAAAAGUGGCAGACAAUACGUAUAUCAAUAUUGUUCCCAUGGUAACAGGACAUUUCGCCGAAGAGGAAUAUGAAAAACUGAAUAUAACCGAAUCCAAAAAAACACCUGCUGAUCAACUUAAUAUCAUUUGGAGGAAUUAUUCUCAGGCUGGAUAUUCAACACUAUUUGGGGAAGGUCAUCCAGUGAUUGGAGCAUUCCAUUACGUCUUAGGUGGUUUUAAGAAACUACCCACGGAUUAUUAUUUACGACCUUUUACCCUAGCGCUUGAAGACGAUCCGUACGUAUGGAAUAGUUUCCAUAACUGUGUUCAGAAUCGUUCAGAAACAAGCAUCAUACUGCAAUACGGGUUAGACUUUUUUAAAACUUUCCGACAUCGUCCAGCGUUUGCGUUUUCAUUCCCAGUACGCCUGACUCACGAUGAGGCAAUUAAAUACGCGUAUACCGCCGACGAUUACUAUUUUGAAAUCCUGGAAAAGGCUCUACAUAACGGAAUUUUUAACAAUACUGUGUUGAUUUUCUUUGGCGAUCACGGAAACCGUUUUGGAGAUUUUGUAAAAACAUUUAUAGGCAAACUGGAGGAACGAAUGCCGAUGAUGUAUGUCACAGUUCCGAAGUGGUUUCAUCAAAAAUAUCCUCAAAUCGUGAAUAAUUUAUCGCAUAAUACAAAACGAUUAACAUCAAACUUUGAUAUUUAUGAAACUUUAAAAGAUAUUUUAUAUUUUACCGGUAAACCAAAGGGGAAUAUUGACGUCACAAAACAAAGGGGAAUAAGUCUGUUCGAAAAAAUCCCUGAUGACAGAACGUGUGACAAUGCUGGAAUCCUUCCACACUGGUGUGUCUGUAAAUUAGAAGAAGAUGAACUAACUAAAAAUACUACAUUUCGAGAUGGUAGUGUGCAAUUUUUCGUAGAUGAAGUUAAUAAUAGAUUAGCGAAUUAUGAUAUGUGUUCAAAAGCCGAACUUAGUGAAAUAAAAGAGUUCAAAAUAUUUAAAUCCUCAAACCGAAAUGCAGAUAAUGUUUCAAAGGGUGUCGAACAAAACACAAUUACAAAUUCUUCUCUCUCUAUUGGCUCAAACACGUACAUAAUUAAAAUUUCUGUUGUACUAAAUCCGGGAUCGGGUGAGUUUGACACCACCUUAGUGUACGACGCUCGUGCUCAAAAAUUUCAUUCUGCCGGACAAAUCAGCAGAAUUAAUAAGUAUGGCCACACGGCGGAUUGUGUCAAAGGUGAAAAGGUUCAAAAACUUUGUUACUGUAAAAAGCAGUCGUCAUUUUUCUCCUGAAAUGAGUUUUGUGGAUAUAUUCUGGGAUUGAACGUUUAUGUAUGCCCGAAUGCCAUCCAGACGUAUAUUUCAGAAACAAUGCGGUUAAAGAAACAAAUAUUAUUAUUGUUUACGUCCCUUUGAUCGAGUAGUUAAACCGUCAAAAUGUCGCACUGUAUAAAUAAUUGAACUACUUCAAUAGAGACAGGACAUGGUGCUGGUUCUAUAUAUACUAAUGUCCAAAAGAAAGUAUACACACUAAAAAUAUGACUAAGUUUUAUUUAGAUUAAAAACAUUUGAUAAAACAUUACUGAGUUUGUCUCUUACGUCAAAACUCUUCUAAGCAAAAUGAAAAAGCGAAACAAAUUGACAUUGUACCCAAAUGCCGCAUACGAUGGAAAACGACUUUGGUUGAUACUGCACGAAAUGCACAGUGUAUGCUUUCUUUUGGACAUUAGUAUAGAUUAUUUAAUGACAAAUGAAAUAUGUUAUAGGCAAAUCUUAUCCAGUUGUCUGCAUCAUUAAUCCUUAUACCUUUAGGCAUUACAAAUGCCCCUGCUUAAUUACGCCGCUUGGUGCAGAAAAGUAGUACCUUAAGCCCCAUUUCAUUCUGUUUUCAUUUUGCAAAUGGGAAUUCGGCUACUUAUCAUGUUAUUCAGCUGUAAAAUCAAGUAGUAGGCAGGGUGGAGUUGUCUCUUUAUUUUAAUUAUUUUAGAUUUAUUAUCUAAUUUCAAUUUAAGGAUAUACUUGCAAAUAUACAAACAUCAAUUGGACAAUAAUACAUCCAAGCUACCAUAGAAAAUGUAUUUGUUGUGAUCAAUAUUAGUAAUGCUUCGACAAAAGCUUGCUUGACAAGCUACUAAUUUUAUCCUAACCGCCGUUAUGUUUGUAGAGCGCUUUGUCAUUACCAAGCAACAUGCGAGUACUGCAAGACUUGAGUGUUUGGCGUUCGUGCUCGGUAAUAAUAAUCUUGUUUUAAAUUAUUGUGGUUUUUAUAGGCGUUUCCAGUGUAUAAUGUAUAUUCCUGGCAAUUACAAAUAUCUUUAUCAUAAAUGAAAUGAUGUUUAACGUCCUACUGUUCUGCUCCUAUACUGGGCUAAUGAAGACGGGCAUACGCCAUAUAGUGUUCUAUGAGGGAAAUUUUGCCCGGGCAGCGGCACUAUCGCCUAUCGAAUUCCAACUGCCAGGGGAUCUUUUCGUGCAUUCCAAAAUAUACACGGGACCUCGGUUUUUCGUCUCAUCCGAAAGACUAGACAGCUGUCCUUGUCAGGCCCUCCGUUCUACACCACUGACAAGGGGAAACCACGUCGGAAAAUCCUGAUGAACUUUCUCGGCCAAUGCAGGGAUCGAACACCCGACCUCCAGGCUAGCGAGUCAGCGUCUUAAACAACUAGCCACCGUGACUGCUACCCUUUAUCAUAAAUAAGACUGGUUACAUAACGUAUAGCUCUGUUCUUUAGAAACUUUAAAUAGACGAAAAUGGGUGUAAAACCACAUAAGAAUGUAAUAUGAGUGCAUUUAAAGUGAAUUAAUUAGCUUCAAUAUUUAGCGGCAAAUCAUUGAGCGCCUGCCACUUCAUGAUUCCGCAUUUGAUGAAGAAGUAAGUAGGCCACGAAGGUUACGUAGCCUAUUUUGCACUCAAAAAUGCUCGGAUGUAAUGGCCGCUCGACGGUUAUCGUUUCAGUCUAUUUUUUUUAAUGGUUAUACUUUUUUAAAUACAACAUGACCGUUUAUUUAGUUAUAAUGUGAUAAACUAAGUUAAGACCUGUUAUAUAUAUAUAUAAAUAUUGUGGUAUAAUUGUCGAGAUAUUUGGAGAUAAUUAUUUCUGGUGGAGCACCCUAUCAACGUUUGGGAAAUGUAGAACCAGUCUUAGCUCCACGUGCAAACUUGAGUAUAAUGGUAAUGCCUGAUGAACAUUUUCAUUUAAGGGCGUCACUUUUGACAAGCACCUGUGAUGUUACCACAUCAUUGGUUGAAUGAAUCAGUUGUGUAAUUUCUAAUAGUUGCAUGUAUGUCCAUGUUUUUUAAAAAAUGAAUUAUAUUUAAUUUUGUACUCACCUACAGAAAGCAUCCGGAAGCAGCAAGAAAAGACAAUAAAAACAAAUAAUUUGAAUGAUGGCUGAAAUUUAAAACACAUAGAAGCAAUAAUACAUUUACAUAAAACAAGACAAUAACCAAGCAACUUUGGCCGUACCUUUAACAUUAAAUCAGUGAUUCUCAACCAGUGUGCCGCGAAAUUUCUCACUAAAGAAGUCAGCUAUUUGACUCAUGAAAUUCGAAACACUGCAAUAAAGUAGGUCCAUAGCUGUGUUUGUCUUUAUUUAGUUUGAAUUAUUCUAUGGGUCUAUGACUAGUCCGACGGUUGUAUGCCGUCUAUGACUUGCCAUGUUUUCAAUUUGAACAAAUAUUUUUCAUGUAUAUUAAGCCAGGUGUCCCGCUCUGUUUUCAUGUGUUCCAAGGUGUGUCGGUGGCAAAAAAAAGAUUGAGAACCACUGCAUUCAAAGGACGCCUAAUGGCCGUGUUGUUUCAAAGAAACUAACAAUAUUACUAGCGAUAGUUUCUUUAAAAAUUAAUAAAGACUCUUAAGCCGCUUUGUUUGCGCUGCAUAUGAAUCAGAGCGCUAGAUAAUCCCAUAUAUACUAUUCAAAAAAAGUAGGGGAUAUUUGAUUUUUAAGUGUUAUUAAAGUCACCUAAUGAAACUGACGAAGAAACAAAUGACAAAAUGAAAUGAAGUUCACAUUCAUCGAUUUAUUCCAAAUGAUCGUUAGACUAAGUAAGGCACAGACUGACCAUUAUAAGGGUAAAAUGAUACCCGGGGUCAAACAGCAAAGUUACCACAGCAUCACAACCAAGUCAGUAACGGGUAAAUCCUCCUCUGUUUGCCAAACAAGCAUUGAUCCGACGUGGCAUACUCCUAAUGAGACGUCUAAGGUCAUUUUUGUCCAGA